CCCCCCCCCCCCCCCCGUCUGCCCUUCAGCACAAGAAGGCACCUUCCUCUGUCAGAAUGGCCACCAUGAUACCUGCCGUGUCGUGGCUCCGGGCCUGCUGGACUCUGCUGGUCUGCUGUCUGCUGACCCCAGGUGUCCAGGGGCAGGAGUUCCUGUUGCGGGUGGAGCCCCAGAAUCCGGUGCUUCCUGCUGGAGGUUCCCUGUUGGUGAACUGCAGUACUGACUGUCCCAGUGCUGAGCAGGUCACCUUGGAGACAUCCCUGUCAAAGGAGCUGGUGGACAACGGCACGGGCUGGGCAGCCCACCGGGUCAGCAACGUGACUGGCAACAGCCGGAUCCUCUGCUCAGGGUACUGCAAUGGUUCGCAGAUAAUAGGCUCCACUGGCAUCACCGUCUACAGGCUCCCGGAGCGGGUGGAGCUGGCACCCCUCCCCCCUUGGCAGCCGGUGGGUCAGAACUUUACCCUGCACUGCCAAGUGGAGGGUGGGUCGCCCAGGACCAACCUCACGGUGGUGCUGCUCCGCUGGGAGGAGGAGCUGAGCCGGCAGCCUGCAGUGGAGGAGCUCGCAGAGGUCACUGCCACUGUGCUGGCCGGCAGAGGUGACCACGGAGCCCAUUUCUCAUGCCGCACAGAACUGGACCUGCAGCUCCAAGGGCUGAGACUGCUCGUGAACACCUCAGCCCCCCGCUGGCUCCGAACUUUUGCCCUGCCGGUGACACCACCGCGCCUCGUGGCUCCCCGGUUCUUGGAGGUGGAAACCUCGUGGCCGGUGGACUGCACCCUAGACGGGCUUUUUCCGGCCUCAGAGGCCCAGGUGCACCUGGCGCUGGGGGACCAGGUGCUGAAUGCGACAGUCACGAACCACGGGGACAUGUUAACGGCCACAGCCACAGCCACGGCGCGCGCAGAUCAGGAGGGUGCCCGAGAGAUCAUCUGCAACGUUACCCUAGGGGGCGAGAGACUCGAGGCCCGGAAGAACUUGACGGUCUUUAGUUUCCUAGGACCCAUUCUGAACCUGAGCGAGCCUAGUGCCCCCGAGGGGUCCACAGUGAUCGUGAGUUGCAGGGCUGGGGCUCGAGUACAGGUCAUGCUGGACGGAGUUCCGGCCGCGGCCCCAGGGCAGCCAGCUCAACUUCAGCUAAAUACUACCGAGAAUGAUGACGGACGCAGAUUCUUCUGCAGUGCCGCUCUCGAGGUGGACGGCGAGUUCUUGCACAGAAACAGUAGCGUCCAGCUGCGUGUCCUGUAUGGUCCCAAAAUUGACCGAGCCAAAUGUCCCCAGCACUUGAAGUGGAAAGAUAAAACGAGACAGGUCCUGCAGUGCCAAGCCCGGGGCAACCCGUCCCCCCAGCUGCGGUGUUUGAAGGAAGGCUCCAGCCAGGAGGUGCCGGUGGGGAUCCCAUUCUUGGUCAAUGUAACACAUAAUGGCACUUAUCAAUGCCAAGCGGUCAGCUCACUGGGCAAAUAUACCCUGGUCGUGGUGAUAAACAUUGAGGGUGAGCUAACACGGGGCCACGGGGCUGGACUGGCAAGCCCGGGAGGCGGGGGUGUUAGAGACAGGGGGGGACGCAUAUUGACUUCGCGCUUUCUCUGCACAGCUCGGAACUCCCACUUUGUCCCCGUCUUAUUGGCGGUGUUAACGACCCUGGGCGUGGUGACUGUCGUAGUGGCCUUAACGUACGUCUUCCGGGCGCGGAAACAGAGAGGCUUGUACCAUGUUAGGCAGGAGAGCCCCUCUCUGCCCCUCACGUCUAUGCCCACAGAGGCAAUGAGGGAAGAACCGUCCAGAGUUGAGUGACGCUGGGAUCUUGGGCCAAAGUUGGCGGGGACUUGGCUGUACCUUCAGAUUCCCCACCAAUAAAGCCUUUAAAUUCCCUAA